GGUUGAUGCUCCGCUGGCGACUCGUUCAAUGUCUCAUAUCAAAGAACAAUCAACGUGCGUCUCGACCGGAGACGUCUAACACGUUUUCUGCUCGUGGUUUAACACUGAUCUCAGUACUGCUCUAAUCGACUGUGUAGAUAUUUGCGCGUAACGGUGCGGCACGCGCAUCUGCAUCACCGGUAAAUUCCUCCACCGGGAAUCGGUGAACGAGACCGAAGCGCCGUUCAUUCAGCCCGCUUCAGGCCACCGGCGACAGCAUGAGCAAGAGGUUUACGGUGACUGCCGGUGACAUCCAGGGGGAAGUGAACCAGCUGUUCGAAGGGGAUGAGCCGACACCGGGCGCAUCCGCGCAGACCCCGGGCGCAGACGGCUCCGGUAAAGUGGUCAACACCACCUGUCAACCCAAAAAAGGUGAUUCAAACCCCAAAGAGAGCAGCCCGUUCAUCAACAGCACUGAUGGUGAGAAGAGCCAGCAGUAUGAUGGCAAGAACAUGGCCCUGUUUGAGGAGGAGAUGGACACAAUUCCCAUGGUAUCGUCUCUUCUCAGCAGUCUUGCCAACUACUCCAACCUGCCUCAGGGCAGCAAAGAACACGAGGAGGCCGAGAACAACGAGGGCUCACGAAAGAAACCCGUUCAGGCUCCGCGGAUGGGAACGCUGAUGGGAGUUUAUCUGCCCUGUCUGCAAAACAUCCUGGGUGUCAUUUUGUUUCUGAGGAUGACCUGGAUGGUGGGCAUCGGAGGGGUCAUUGAAGCCUUCAUCAUAGUGCUCAUGUGUUGCUCCACGACGAUGCUCACGGCAAUCUCCAUGAGUGCUAUCGCCACCAACGGUGUGGUACCUGCCGGAGGGUCGUAUUACAUGAUCUCUCGUUCAUUGGGUCCUGAGUUCGGUGGAGCUGUGGGGAUCUGCUUUUACCUCGGCACCACCUAUGCUGGAGCCAUGUACAUCCUGGGCUGCAUUGAGAUCUUACUGAUCUACAUCGUACCACAAGCGGCCGUUUUUAAGAUGGAGGGAUUGGAGGGAGCGGAGGCCGAGGCGGCCAUGCUGAACAACAUGCGUGUUUACGGCACGCUGGUGCUCACUUUCAUGGCUAUCGUGGUGUUUGUAGGAGUGAAGUACGUCAACAAACUGGCGCUCGUCUUCCUCGCGUGUGUCAUCUGUUCGAUUCUCGCCGUUUACGCUGGAGUGAUCAAAACGGCAUUCGAGCCGCCCAUAUUUCCUGUGUGUGUGCUGGGAAACCGGACUCUGGUUUGGAAAGGAUUCGACGUGUGCGCGAAGUUCAUGGAAAAAGACAACGUCACGGUCACGACCCAACUAUGGAGACUCUUUUGUGAUUCCGAGUUUCUGAAUGCGACCUGCGACUCUUAUUUCACCAACAACAAUAUCACAGUGAUCCAGGGCAUUCCCGGAGUCACCAGCGGCAUUCUGCGGGAAAAUCUCUUUGGGAAUUACAUGGAAAAGGGUGUUUUCAUUGAGAAAGUGGGACUUCCUGCAGUCGAGGAUUCAGAUUCUGUCCCGACCAAUACAAACCGUUAUGUGCUGGCCGAUAUCACCUCCUUCUUUACCAUGUUGGUGGGGAUUUAUUUCCCUUCUGUAACAGGUAUCAUGGCCGGAUCAAACCGUUCUGGUGAUCUGCGUGAUGCGCAGAAGUCCAUUCCCAUCGGCACCAUACUGGCCAUCACCACAACGUCCAUCAUCUAUAUGUCCAGUGUGCUGCUGUUUGGUUCGUGUAUUGAAGGGACAGUUUUGAGGGAUAAAUUUGGUGAGGCUGUCAGAGGUAAUCUGGUCAUCGGGACGUUAGCGUGGCCGUCACCGUGGGUCAUCGUUAUUGGUUCAUUCUUCUCCACCUGUGGGGCGGGGCUUCAAAGUUUGACAGGCGCUCCACGUCUCUUACAGGCCAUAGCACGAGAUGGCAUAGUGCCAUUUCUUAGAGUUUUUGGUCAUGGGAAAGCGAAUGGAGAGCCCACCUGGGCGCUGCUCAUGACCGCUUGUAUCUGUGAGAGUGGAAUUCUCAUCGCUUCCCUAGAUUCCGUCGCUCCCAUUCUCUCCAUGUUUUUUCUCAUGUGCUAUAUGUUUGUGAAUUUGGCCUGUGCUGUUCAGACUUUGCUCAGAACGCCAAACUGGAGACCCCGCUUUAAGUUUUACCACUGGACUCUGUCGUUCCUCGGCAUGAGUCUCUGUCUGUCCCUCAUGUUCAUCUGUUCCUGGUACUACGCUAUUGUUGCCAUGGGAAUCGCUGGCUGUAUCUACAAGUAUAUCGAGUUCAGAGGGGCUGAAAAGGAAUGGGGAGAUGGAAUAAGAGGUUUAUCACUCAGUGCCGCCCGAUUCGCCCUCAUGAGGUUAGAAGAAGGACCUCCACACACCAAAAACUGGAGGCCUCAAAUAUUGGUCCUGGUCAGUAUGGACGCCGAGCUGAAUGUUGAACAGCCUCGUCUGCUCUCUCUGACCAGUCAGCUGAAGGCAGGGAAGGGUUUGACCAUCGUGGGGACGGCGCUGGAGGGCACAUACCUCGAAAACUAUGCUCAGAGCCAGCAGACUGAACAGUCUUUAAGAAAGCUCAUGGAGGCAGAGAAGGUUAAAGGAUUUUGUCAGGUGGUUAUUUCCUCCAACAUGAGAGACGCCACCUCACAUCUGGUUCAGGCUGGUGGUUUGGGUGGUCUUCAACACAACACGGUUCUGACCAGCUGGCCACGUAACUGGAAACAGUUAGAAGACCAUCGGAUCUGGAAAAACUUCAUUGAGCUGGUGAGGGAGACCACUGCUGCCAGUAAAGCUUUGCUCGUGCCCAAGAACAUCUCAGCCUUCCCAUCGAAUGGAGAACGCUUUACUGAGGGACACAUCGACGUCUGGUGGAUUGUACAUGAUGGAGGAAUGCUGAUGUUGUUACCCUUCCUCCUCCGUCAGCACAAGGUAUGGAGGAAGUGCAAGAUGCGUAUCUUCACCGUGGCCCAGAUGGAUGAUAACAGCAUUCAGAUGAAGAAAGAUCUCACAACCUUCCUGUAUCACCUGCGCAUAGAUGCAGCAGUUGAGGUGGUCGAGAUGCAUGACAGUGAUAUAUCGGCAUACACUUAUGAGAAAACUUUGGUGAUGGAGCAGCGUUCUGAGAUCCUCAAACAGAUCAACCUCACCAAGACCGAGCGUGAGCGAGAGAUCCAGAGCAUCGCAGAUAGCUCUCGUGGGUCCAUCCGGCGCAAGAACCCUGCCGCUGUAACCACACAGCUGAGCGUGACGGAGGAACCUGCGGCCAGCAGUAAAGAAGUGAAACCAGAAGAGGAGGAACAGCUCAUUCAUGAUAAGAGUACCAAUCCCCCCACCCCGGCCACCCCUCAAUCCCCCGCCACAGAGGCCCAGACCCCGAGCACGGCCAUUCAGAUGACCUGGACUGAGACUAAGUGUGAUGGAGAAAAGGCAAAACCAGCCGGAGCCACCACACCUGAGGCUAUUAAAGACCUUUUUAACAUGAAACCCGAGUGGGAAAAUCUAAACCAGUUCAACGUGAGGCGCAUGCACACUGCACUUAAACUGAAUGAAGUCAUCGUUAAGAAAUCCCAGGAAGCCAAACUAGUCCUGCUUAACAUGCCCGGACCACCGAAAAACAGAACCGGUGAUGAGAACUACAUGGAAUUCAUGGAGGUUUUAACCGAAGGUCUCAACCGGGUCCUCCUUGUACGUGGUGGCGGUCGCGAAGUCAUCACCAUCUACUCUUAGGAAACUACCUAACAUCACCCAACCCCAUCUGCUUUCAACCCUUCUUUCCAAAACUGCCCCUACACCAUCCAACACCAACAAACUCCCCAGUGUGGCCCAAGCAAUAUCCCAGAAUUCCCUUCAUGACUGCUCUGCCAACCUGUUCCCUUAUUGGCCUUCUGGCAUUCUGUGAGGACCGAUCGUUCGCAUUUUACUGUUUUAUGAAGGUGCACUGUUGAUGUCAGUGGGUAUUUGGUCAAUGCCCCUCAUCUGUAGCUUUCAUCCUUGUGCACUGCGUUCAUCCGCCAAACACCACUCUCAUCCAAUCAGAAGAGGUGGGUGGGUUUAGCUUGAUUGUUUUAGUCAUUGUUUAUUAUUUAUUUUGAGGAGGACGAUGCGGUACAGAACAUGCAACAGUCAACGAAGAUGGACUUUGACAGACUUUGACAGACGAGCGUUGAAGAACAUUUCUGCUGUGGUAGAUAGAGACUGAUCUCCGCCCAGCUGCUUUGACAACCUUUGAAAAUAUUAAUCCUGUCAGAAGUUUUAACUGAAAAAAAAACGUAUACAAAGUCAACAUGAAAUCAUAAUUGACCCUAUUUACUUUCUUAAUGCACAUUCUUAUUGUUAAGGAAUUUACAGACGUCAUAAUUUUUCUGAAGUAUUUGGCCUCUAAUGUAACGUUCAGUUUCGGCUGAUGCCUCCAAACCUCUCCUCCAACCAGCAAGUUUCUCAACUUUCAAUCCCAAAUCUUGGGUUUUCCUCUCACGUGGCUUCACCUUGAAAGAUUUCAUAUUACGGAAGUGAAACGGGUUGGCGAAUGCCAUUUCAUGUUGACUAUAAAUGGGUACAUUCCUAUGCACAAAGUCAUAGUUUCUUUCCAUCUGCAUGCGUUUUGUCUGAUCAACCUUCUCGUUUUCGGGGGUUCCUGUUUGUUUUUAAGUGACUAGCUAUUUCCCUGCCAACUACAGUCACAACAUGUGCCAAAAAUGAGGCUGGAAGGCUGUGCGCCUCUUUGUCUGACGGCAAAGCGUUGAAGGAGGGCCGUCUAUCAGUGUUAACCGCACUGUUAUUAGUAAAAGAAAAGAAACUACUACUGCACCACUCAGAAGUGGAUUCGUGUAAAUAGUGUAAAAGGUAUUAUUAGAUAUCGAUGUAGUAUUUUUAUUGUGAAAUAACCGAAGCUUCUGGUGAAGAAACGCAGGGUCAGGGUGUUUUGAAUGGCUACAGGCUUCUCUUUACGGUGGAUUGAAGUAUCGUACUGAACGGUACGGUAACAAACUUCCUCUUCCCCAACAAGCACUCAACCUGCACUGACAGCCACUGUGUAACAAAUGAUUUAAUGAGUCGUCCGAUUUAUUGAAUGUGUGUCUGCGCAUGUUUGCAUGAAUGAGUAAACAAGUGAUGCAUAAGUUAGCCAUUUUUUCCUGUUUUGCAAGAAAUUGUAUAUGUUUGUUACGUUUACAGACAAAUCUAUUAUCUAUAAAGUAUCUAGAUCUAGGUAAAAUCUAUACAAAUCUAUUAGAUUGUCCGUGAUGGAGUGUGACGUUACAGAGCUAUACAGUAUAAAUAUUCUUGAAUGUGAUCGUGUUGCCAAAUUUAGAUUUCACUUGUGCCAUUUAAAUGAAAAUGUGAAAUGUUACUGAUGCCAUUUUCACUUUAAACACAAUGCCGAAUUGAUUUUGUGUCAGAAUUACCAUUACCACAACUCAAGAGUAUUUUGCUGUUGUUAUUAAGAUGCACAUGCAUCUACACCGAUAUUAUGAUUACUCCCAUAACACCCACGUAAUAUUGUAGUAAUAAGACGUGAACUGAAUAAAAUCGAAUUUAGUAAUAAUGGUAAUUCUGACAUAAAAUUAGUGCAGCAAUAGAUUUACCUGUUUUUGAAAGAAUGAUGCAAAAGUUUUAAAGAUUUGAUAAUGGAUCGAAUAACAUCCAUAAUUUAAACUCUAUGCAGUCCUACUGUAAGGCCCCGUGUCCACCAAAGCAUUUAAACGCAACUGAAAUGCCAACUUUUUCUGCUGGGUGCUUUGAUUGCUAUGAGACUUCUGUUUGGUUUAUCAGUCGUUGUAUGAUGUCGGCGGUUGAUUGGUUGGUGUGGUAUAUUCAUCCCUCCCCCCUUAAUGUGAUUGGGCAGCUGAGUGAAAAGUGACAUUGACGACCAGAGCGUUCUUCCCCAAGUUGAACAUUUUUCGACUUUCAGUGCACGGACAAAAAUGCAGAGCUGCUGGCAUAUUUAAAAGUCUUUGGAACCAUUUGAAGACGUUCGCCGUCCGCAGGGAAAAAAACGCUCCGGUGGACACGGGGCCUAAAACAUCAGCCAAAUGAGAAAAUCAAAUGUUUCAUUGGCUAAGUUGGUUCUUUAAAACAUCUGUAGCCUUAAUUUUGGCUAAAAUCCAGAUAAAUAUAGAGUGUAGGCCAGAAACUAGUUUUGCACGGGUAUAUUGUAGAAUUGGGAAUUUAUACACUGCAAAAAAAUGACUUUCUUACUUAGUAUUUUUGUCUUGUUUUCAGUACAAAUAUCUAAAAAUUCUUAAAUCAAGAUGAAUUUUCUUCAUGAGCAAAAUGACCUAAGAAAAUAAGUCUUUGUUUUUAGACAAAAAAUAAACUAAAAUUUAAGUGAAUUUGUGCUUUAAAAAAUCUGCCAAUGGGCUAAGAAAAUGUUUCUUGAAUUAAGUGUUGAUGAAUUUUGAAUGUUUUUUUUCUUACAUAAUUGGCAGAUUUUUGCUUGUUUUAAGCACAUUUUCACUUAAAUUUAAUAUUUUUUGUCUUAAAACUAGACUUAUUUUCUUAAGUCAUUUUGCUCAUUAAGAAAAUGCAUCUUGAUUUAAAUAUUUUUAGAUAUUUUAUACAAAAAAGACAGAAAUACUAAGUAAGAAAGUAAUUUUGUUCAGUGUAUAUUCAUUGCAUUAUUUAUUUUUGUAGAAAUACAAGCUAUUUAUAUCCAUCAGUGUCACAGCAGAAAUAACAAUAGCUAUAUAUAUACAUUAAAUAUUUAUAGAAAUAUAACUUAUAUCACUAGUAAGAAAGUAUAUACAGUAGUUUACGAAAUAACAGAUGAUGUUAUUUUAUGUUUAAAUAUAUAUGGGAAAACCUCAUAGGGUAUGAAUGCGCUGCUAUGUAUUAAUAGAUUUGACUUAGAUUGUGUGUGUACAGAGAGAAAGAUAUUUAAUAUUUAAAGAUACGUUUACACAGUUAACACGAGGAGGGGUUAAUGUCGAGAAUUAACCUGUACUGCCGUUUGAAUCAAAAAAAAAAUGAGCAUCAUAAUCAUUGUUAUCAUGUUUCAUUGCUUUCAUAUUUAGUUUAUAAUGUUGACUUUUAGCGCACUGAACCAUGCAUUGAAAAACAUUUCAACAAAGUACUGCCUGCAUAGACUGAGCCUCUGGUGAUGUUUCAAGAACAAACCACGGUUAGUUUGUUCAGAGAUGUUUUUUACACCUUCACUUGCGAUGCGUGUCGUUUUACUCCUGUUUGCAUGAUGUAUGUUGGAGAAUUUGUUGUACAAUUAUUUUCAUAAUGUCUGAUGAGAUCCGGGCAGUUCAGACUGUUGCCUGUUGGUGACGCUGUUAAAUACCUGCCCAGGCAAAUUUUGUGUAUAUAUAUAUAUAUAUAUAUACCGUUUUACAUGUGGUGGUUUGGUACUCGUAAAUCAUGUUGGUUAGAUUAGCGCGAUACUCUGUGUGUCGGCUUUGUAUAUACUAUCGCUGUAGCUGAGUGGUUGUUCAUCCCUGUCGUACAUCGUACAAAAAUGGUGUAUGAACUUUUUUUUUAAUGGUUAUGUGCAAUAUUGAUUUUAAUGGAUAUUAGUACGCACAGCGUAUUUAAAUUGACAUUUUUUGUUUUUGCCCACGAGUCUGCUUCUCUCAAAACGGUCUUGUACAUGGGCCAUGUAGUUCAUCAGUGUGAUAGAGAAGUGUGUGUCACAUCUGUUCUAUGGUGGCUGAGAUAGAAAUGCACUUUAAACAGAAUUACACGUUCGUAGUGACAAUGCUGCGUCAGAAAAUUGAGCAUGCCAGAUCAUCAGCACUAAUGCCUCUAGUGGCAAAACUGUGUACUGCAGUCAUUUAAAACAUUGGUUUGUUACCCUAAUUCUGAAGGAUCCCAACAUUUUGUAUGCCUUUAUAAUCUAACACACCUGAUGGUAAAGUUUGUGAAAUGAAUGGACAUCCAAAAUGUUAAAGGGGUCCUACAGGAGCAGGGUUGGUACCAGUGUUGGGGAAAGUUACUUUUAAAAGUAAUGCAUUACAAUAAUGUUACUCCCC